CCACACCACACCACACCACACCUCACCUCACCUCUCCACACCACUCCCAUGGCGAUCCCCCUCAAACCCUACCUCCUCCUCCUCCUCCUCCUCCUCCUCCUCAUCCCCUCCUCCCUCUCCUCCUCCGCGCACCCCGCGUACCCCGACCCAUCGUCGUCGUCCUCGUGCUCCGCCCCCUUCUCCGCCGGCGCCGCAGACGCCGCCGACGAUCUGGUGCCGAUCCGGCGCGAGGAGUACGACGGGGGACGGAUCAUCGACAUCACCUACGCGCUCCGCGAGGACAUGCCCUCGUGGGAGUCCCCCGAGGGGCUCGGCCCCUUCCUCUGGCUCGCCGGGUCCAUGGCGAACGGGUCCCUCGCCAACAACUCCGAGAUGAAGCUCCCCGCUCACACGGGCACCCACGUCGACGCCCCCGGGCACGUGUUCCAGCAUUACUACGAGGCCGGGUUCGACGUCGACACGCUCGAUCUCGAGGUGCUCAAUGGUCCUGCGUUGUUAGUAGAUGUCCCAAGAGAUAAAAAUAUAACAGCUGAAGUAAUGGAAUCUCUACAUAUUCCUAAAGGAGUUCGCCGUGUGCUUUUCAGAACAUUAAACACUGACAGAGAGCUUAUGUGGAAAAAGGAGUUUGAUACAAGCUAUGUUGGCUUCAUGAAAGAUGGCGCACAGUGGUUGGUGGACAACACUGACAUCAAACUUGUUGGAGUCGACUACUUAUCAGUUGCUGCAUACGACGACUUGAUCCCUUCACACUUAGUUUUUCUCGAAAGCCGGGAAAUAAUCCUUGUUGAAGGACUAAAGUUGGAGAACAUCAAACCAGGGAUAUACACUUUGCAUUGCUUACCUCUUCGACUCCGUGGUGCCGAAGGUUGCCCGAUCCGGUGCAUCCUCAUCAAAUAAAUAUUUCCAUUCUAAUACUUUUAAAAUUGCGCACAUUGCAAGUUUACACAAUGCAAGUUUACUUAUAGGCCUUUAAAAAGAAUACUUCUCUCUUAUGUAUAUAGGUUUUUAUUGAGUCGAAGUGAGACAAAAACCAGGUAGAAUAAUCUCACUCAUAUCAUCACAAUCACUUUAGGUUGGUGAAAAUAAGAACAUUGUGCCCUUCAUUAUGCUACUUUUUUAACUAAUGAUAAGCCUUUUUUUUUUUUUUUUU